CUUUAACCCAAAUUAGCGUUUUGUUUACUUUACACCCCGCAUAGCAACGGGUGAACAUUUCCCAAAGAAAAAACAACAUUCCAGCGGUUGACUGGAACGUCACGGUACUACUAAUAAAUCUAACAGGAAAACAUAUACCCGAGGCCGGCCUUAUCCUACUACUAGCUGGUCUCUAGUUGCUAGUAGUUUUGGAUUUGAAAAUCAAGAAACUUGCAAUUUUCAGCUGCAAUUGAAGAAAAAUUACGAACCGCCAAAUUGACGAUACACAAACUAAUACACACAUACAUAACUUUUUACAUAUCUGUAAUUACCCGCAACCGCCAAUGCGGAGAGUUCCUGAUCGCGAUUGAUAUUUACCCCUCAUUUGCUUACUGUUUUGCCUUGGGCGACAACUGGGCGGCGGGAGUAGAGAUAAAUCGCGUCCGGAUUAAAAAGGGGAGAAGAGAUUAGGGAGCAAGGAGAAACGAAACAGGAAAACAAAAAGAAAGAAAACAAUAUGGUUGAUCCAGACAACCUACGUACGGCGUCGCUGUACAUCAAUAACCAAUUGAUGUCCCGCGGCCUACUGCGCGAUGGCCACAAUAUCGAUUUCGCGAGCCCGGAGGCCGGCGACGGAGGAUUGCAGGCUACGAUGGGGAAGGUUAUGAGUGUUAUCAAUGACCUAAUUCUGAGGCGCGACCGCGACGCCGAAAACCGCGAAUCUCUAUCGACGACCCUACGUACCCUCCGCGCCGACUCCCAACGCCAGACGACGGAAUUGGCGCGACAAUCGGAUAAGUUAUCUGAAACGCAGCGUAAGCUCGACUCGGCCGAUGCUAAUGAGCGCGCGCUCCGCGCUCAAUUGAAGACUGCGGAGCAGAACGCGCAUCGGCUGAAGGAGGAUGCGGUGAAAUCGAAGACGCUUCUCGCCCAGGCUAGGGCUGCUUGUGCGAACGAGGUUCGCAAGCGCGACCGCCAGAUCGAUGGCUUGAAGAAGGCGGUUGCGGAUGCUAGUCGGAUUAGAGGUGGGAAUAGGAAUAGAGAUGUUUUGUGUAUUAGUGUCACGGGUGAGGUUGGCGCUGACGAGCGCGAGUUACCUGUCGGCGCGACACAGGCUGAAGGGUAUAGUUUGAGGUUGGAGACGAAUCAGUUUCUCACGGAAUUAGCUAGGGGUCUGAGUGAGGAGAAUGAAGGGCUACUGGCGCUGGUUAAGCGUACGGUUGAGGGAUUGCGUGAUAUGAGCGGAUUGGAGAGGGGGUCGGCUCACGCGAGUGUGGCUGGAGCGGACCGCCAUUCGGAUAAUGGAUGUGCGGAGGUCGUGGUUUUAGGCUCGCAGAAGAGCGCUGAUGAGUUGGCGGCGGAGUUGGAGGGGAUUAUGGAGCAUCUUAGGACGAUACUCACGAACCCCUCCUUUGUGCCGAUUGAAGAGGUUGAGGUCCGUGAGGAAGCUAUUAAUCGCUUGCGAGCUGCCCUUGAGACUAUGGAGAGUCGCUGGAAGGAAGCUGUGCAUAUGAUUGAUGGCUGGAGGAAACGCAUGACCUCGAGCGGCAGGUCGGUGGAUAUUGAGGACCUUCGUAUGGGUCUAAGACUUAGCCCUGUUAGGGUUAGAGAUGUCGAAGAGACCGACAAUGUUGUCCCAAUGAGGCUUUCUGGUAUUCAGGAAGAGGAGGAAUAUGAAGAGACCGAAGAAUUCGAACAAAAUGGCGCAGGCAUCUACGAAUAUGAACAAGAGCCGCAAAGACUUAGGUCUCCCAGCCCGGUCGAAUCGCUACAUUUGGUUCCAGCACCUGGAUACGAAGCCGAGAAUGAAUCCGACUCCGACUCGAGUAGCAUCUUCCAAGAUGAAGAUAUCGAUAUAGAGGAUUUGGAUGCUGAGGAGCCCAACGUCCAGGUCCUCCAAGAAUCCGUAUACGAAGCUUCAAUGGACUCGCCUCCGCUACCGAUACCACCACAGCUCAGUCCGCUUAAGGACUCAUACUCGUCAGGUAAUAGGGGAGUUACCGGACGUGAACACGGGCACCGCAAAAGGCCUGGGGAUUUCACGACUAUUAUCGAGGAAAAUACAUGGGAUUUGGCGGUAGAAGAGGAACAAGCACCAGCUCCCCCGCCUCAUCUAAUUAAACCUCAAUCACCCCAGCAGCAGAAAAAGACGGCAACGGGCAAGGCUUCGCCGCCAUGGCAAGAUCUAACUCGGCCCAGCUCGACAGCUUCAUAUGAUAGCCCUCUUUUCGGCAAGUCGGGUGAGAGGCCAUCGCAGUCAGAUCCUUCCCGCAAGUUAUUUUCGAAGCCUACCUCCAGCCCUAGCCAGCCCACACAGACCAAGUCGCAACCAGAACCAGGAAGCGCAAAUACACAAGCUUCUAGUAAGCCAUCGAGGAGACCGGCUUCGUCAAGGGAAUCGCCGGGUCCAUUAACAGCCGAAAUUAAGAGAACGACAUCAGACCCGACCGACCCACGACCACUUCAGAAAGCCGCCUCCAUAUUAUCGAAACAAACCACUCCCGCCACGCAAUCGCGACCUAACUCUUCCUCAUCUACCAAAGCAACAAUCACCGUUGUUUCAGAAAACAAACAAUCGCCACAACAACCAUCGAUACCUCGUCCCCGCUCACCUCUCCGUAACAACCAAACUGCUUCAUCACGCCUCCCAAGACCGAAUAGUGGCGGUAACCCACCACCUCAAAGUCCAUUAACUAUGAACACUAUCGCAGCAAAACUAGCCGCCGCAGAACGCGAUGCUGACGCCGCGCGUGUUAAGGCUAAGCUACGUGCAAUCAGAGGCGGUCGGAAGCGCGAUACCGCGUUGAACCUAGCGCCCGCUUCUUCAGGGUCGGCCGGUGAACAAGUCGAGGAAGCAAAGACGACUCCAACCAAAGUAAAGAAAGAGAAUAAUGGAGAUUCCGAAUCCAUGGACCCGGUUAAGAGGGACCCUGCUCCUACAUCGUCAUCUCGAUCAGCGCGGAGAGAAAAUUUACGACCAGCACCAGCGGCAACGGGUCAAAAUGACGCUGAAACGGAUGAUUUAGCGGGGUCGUUUAAUGGUAAUGGGGUGAGUGAUAAUGUGAAGGUUACGAAACGCAGACGCGACCGUGGUGAGCGUCGCACGAGUAAAGUCGCCUCGCGUAGGAGGAGUACCCUGAGUCCUUGGGAGAUGCAGACGCUUAUUCAGGGGCAAGCUGCGGGACCUGGUACGCCGGUGAACUGCAGCUAAGCUACCCAGGACUAGACAUUGGAAGUUCAAUUUUUUGGGUAGGCUAUUGCUUGCUAUUUGGGCUUGUGGGGAGGGAAGAGAAGAGAAGCCUACUACACGAGGAGUGACGAGCGCAUGAGCGGAUGGAACAAGUGAACGAAAUGAACGAUAGGCCUAGUGGGCAUAAUCGUAAUUAAGGCGGUCCGAGAACUUAAACAUCCCGAGCUACGUAAGAGUUGACACGACAGCCUGCAGAGGCUAGGGUUAUGACAGGGUGGU